UGAAAUCAUUUCAAAAGUGUUUACAACGGUCAUUGAUGAUAUUUGUACACUAUUUUCAGUAUUUAUUCUCUCAAAUUGUGUGUGCAAAUCAUCUGAAAGGGAUUGAAGUUUAAUUUACAAAAUGUACAUAAAAUCGAUUGUGCUGGACGGUUUCAAAUCUUACGGCCAACGUACCGAAAUACACGGAUUUGAUCGAGAGUUCAAUGCGAUCACUGGCUUAAACGGUACUGGUAAAUCCAACAUUUUAGAUUCGAUAUGCUUUGUACUGGGCAUUUCAAACUUAAGUCAGGUGAGAGCGGGAAACCUACAAGAUUUAAUUUAUCGAUCUGGCCAAGCCGGAGUGACAAAAGCGACAGUAUCGAUAACGUUCGACAACCGUAACUCGCAACAAAGUCCGCCCGGUUUUGAGGAUUAUGAGGAGAUAACGAUCAGUCGACAGGUGGCUAUGGGUGGCAAGAAUAAAUAUUUGUUAAACGGAUCUGUGGUGCAAAACAAACGAAUACAAGACUUGUUCUGUUCCGUACAGUUAAACGUUAAUAACCCCCAUUUUUUGAUCAUGCAGGGACGUAUUACGAAAGUACUGAACAUGAAACCACCUGAGAUUCUUGCAAUGAUAGAGGAGGCAGCCGGUACCAGAAUGUACGAGACUAAGCGACAACAGGCCCAAAAAACCAUUGAGAAGAAAGAUGCGAAGUUAGAAGAGCUAAAUAAGAUAAUGCAAGAGGAAAUAGGCCCGAAAUUGGACAAGUUGAGAGAAGAACGUGCCGCAUAUUUAGAAUUUCAGAGAGUCGAACGUGAACUGGAACACAUGUUGGGGCUUUACCAGGCCUGGCAGUAUAUUGCGUCGAAGAGGAAUUGCGCGCGGGCGGAGGAAGCGUUGAAAGCGGGCCAAGCACAUGUGCAGCAAAUUCACGAUAACAUUACAGACAAUAACCAAAAGAUUAAAAAUAUUGAAAGUAAAGUGGAGGAAAUGACGGCGGCUAUUCAGUCUUCAGGUAGCGAGAAUUUGAAAAGAGUGGAGGCAGAACUAAAAGAAAAUGAAAAGGCAGAUGCGAAAGUUCGGGCAGCUGAAAAAUCCGCGAAAGAAAGCAUAGCCGCCGAAGCAAAGAAGAAGAAACAACUCGAAAAGAAUUUGAAAGAAGACGAAGCCGUUUUAAAAUCGAAAGAGCAAGACUUGCAAAAAGUUCAAGGCCUAUUUGAGCAACUCAAAAACGCGGAAUUAGCUGACAAUGAAGCUUUAGCGACCGCUCAAAGGAAGUACGAAGCAAUAAGUGUCGGUAUGGAAGUUAAUGAUGCAGGUGAAACGGAAACUCUCCAAGAUCAACUAAUGGGCACCAAGCAAAAGUUGGCGGAAGCGAGCACCGAAAUAAAACAGGCGACUAUGCAGCUCAGUCAUCAGCAGAGUCAAUUAAAGGAGAAGCAAAAGGAUUUGAAUUCGAAUACCUCCGACUACGAGAGGGAUAAGAAAAAUAUGCAGAAAAUGGAACAAGAAGUUCGGCAGUUGGAGAGAAAUUUGGGCAAUUUGCAUUAUUCUGAAGAGGAAAUGACGACACUACAAAAUCAGAGGCAGGCGCUGCGAAUGGAGAUACGGGCCCUUCGAGAGAAGAUAGAUAAUUUUGACGCGCAUAACCGACACACUAACUUUCAAUAUAGAGACCCUGAAACCAAUUUUAACAGGGGACGUGUGAACGGUCAAGUUUGUAGGUUAAUACAGUUGAGGGAUCGUGAAACUGGUGUUGCUCUAGAGACUGCGGCUGGUGGAAAGUUAUUCAACGUGGUGGUCGACACAGAUGUUACCAGUAAAAAAUUGCUUGAGAGAGGUAACCUGCAAAGUCGCACGACGUUUAUUCCUCUCAACAAAAUUCAAGGGGGAAAAAUUGAUCAACGCACUAUAAAGUUUGCACAAGAUUUGGUGGGCAUAGAAAACGUUCAACCUGCUUUGUCGCUGAUAUCGUACGAUAGACAGCUUCAAGCGGCUAUGGAGUUUGUGUUUGGUUACGCAUUCAUUGGCAAGGAUUUGAACAUCGCUCGUCAGGUGACGUUCCAUGAUCAAAUUCGGCGCAAGUGUGUUACAUUGGAAGGGGACGUUACUGAUCCAUCUGGUAUCCUUAGUGGCGGUGCCAGACACAAAGGACCGUCAAUUUUGCUACUGUUGGAAGAUGUUCAGAAGGAAGAGGCAAAGCUCAAGGCUAAAGAAAAGGAGCUUUACCAAAUUGAAAAUAGAAUAAGGGAAAUGAGUGGAACACAAGAACAAUAUCUAACGUUGAAACGGCAAUUGGAAAUAAAACAACACGAAUUGCAAGUUUUACAACAGUGCCUGCAGCAAACCACACACCAUCAACGUCAAGAAGAAGUAAAUGAAAUUAAACGAAACAUAGAGGAGCUCAAAAACAAAAUUGAAACUUGCAAAGAAACUGAAAAGACGUGCGCCAGCAAAAUUAAGGAACUGGGGGUUAAAAUGAAAGAUUCAAAAGGUCACCGUGAGCGUCUGUUGAAGGAGGCCGAAAAUGAAAUGGAACGUCUACGGAAGGAAGCCGAGGCCAGCAGCAAAAAUUGGAAACAGCACGAACAGGAAUACGAAUCGCUUAAUUUGGAAAUCAGCGAAUUGAAAACUGGUUUAGCAUCUUACGGUGAACAAAUUAGUAAAUGUGACGAACAGUUAGUUAGUCUCAAUGAGAAGUAUGUCGAAUUACAACGGGACGCUGAAGAAAAAAAGGAGACCGUAGCGAGAUUGCAGCAGCAAGUAAAAGCGGAAAAGGGCGCGAUAUCGGAACAAAACAGAGACAUCGCGAAACAAGUGAAAAUGAUUGAGGAAUUGAGGACUCAAAUCGGGGAGUUUGAAUUGCAGAUUAAGGAGCAGGCGCACGAAAUUAAGAAACUGGAAGAGAAUUUUAAAAAUUCCAAAAACCGAGAAGCAGAGUAUAAAAAGAAAACAAAGAAGGAUGAUAAAAAUCAAAAGGACGCCGAAGAGUUGACCGAUAAGAACGCUGGCGACUUGGAGAAACGAAUUAGGGCCGCACAAGAUAAACGAGUAAAAUUAAGCAGGACAGUUAAUGCAAAAGCACAGAGUUUAUUUGAACAUGAAGAAAAACAGUAUGCUCAACUAUUAAAAAAGAAAGGAAUCGUCGAAAGUGAUAAAAACAAACUUAUAGCCGUCAUGGCGGAUUUGGAUAAGAAAAAGCAAGAAACUCUGCUAUUAGCGUGGGAGCAAGUUAGUAAAGAUUUCGGUUCGAUCUUUGGCACUCUACUACCUAAUUCGAAUGCCAAAUUAAUUCCUCCGCAUGGUCAAAACGUUCUACAAGGCCUAGAAGUAAAGAUAUUUUUGGGUGGUGUUUGGAAAGAAAGUUUAAGCGAGUUGAGCGGCGGUCAAAGGUCAUUGGUUGCUUUAUCGCUAAUUUUAGCUAUGCUGCUAUUUAAACCUGCGCCAUUAUACAUUUUGGACGAGGUUGAUGCUGCACUAGAUCUAUCCCAUACCCAAAACAUAGGAAAUAUGCUUAAAUCGCAUUUCAAACAAUCUCAGUUUAUCAUUGUAUCUCUUAAGGAUGGAAUGUUCAAUAACGCCAAUGUGCUGUUCAGAACAAAGUUUGUGGAUGGAGUCUCAGCUGUGUCAAGAACAGUAAAUAAAGCGCAUUAGUACAAAAUAUGUUUAGGAUAAGUUUUAUAAAUAAAUCUCAGAGUUUUAACGUUUUA